CUUGGGGCAAACCCAAACUCGUAUCGAUUAUGUGUGAUUUUCAUGAAGAAAAAUCGAUUUGCAUUUACUAGUUGCGUAAAAACACCCCAAAUUGGACAAACCAAGAUCAUUUACCCUAUUCUAAAGUUAGAACCUAAUCUCACAAUAUUUAUCGUAUUCUACGUUAUUUACAAGUAUUAUAAUUACUAUUAUAACUUACUAUUCCAACAGUUAAAAGUAGAGAUAAAGUUUGCUUUCAUUCAGAAUUAGCAGAUUUCGGAUAAACACGGAAGAUAAAACGAAAAUCUUUGAGGCUGCGAGUUAGCUGCUAUCUGGACGUUUUUUUUACCCCAUCCGAAUAUUUUUCAAAGAUUUUCCGGCGGUAUGAAUCCAGAAAAGCAGAUCGUGAGUCACUGUGCGAAGUGUGACCGACCGGACACGGUGGACAACUUAGUGGGAUGCGAUACGUGCGAGACGUGGGUACAUUUUGGAUGCACACGCGUGAGUGAUUCGAUUGUCAAUCGCAGCUGGAAAUGCGACCAAUGUCGUGCUCGUCCAGGGUAGAUCUCAAUCUAAGAAUGAUGGAGGAACAGAAGGCCAUGCGAAUGAGAAUAAUUCUGGAGGAAGAAGCAGCUCGGGCCGCCACGAGGAAGAAGCUAGCUGAGUAGCAUCUUUCCAACGGUCGUAGCCUAAGUAGAUCAGCAGUCUGCUGCUCCAGUUCCUACUACUUCAAGCCCCAUCGCGUCGAACAUCCCUGUUCCGGCAACUUCUGCCCCAGCGUCAAUUUUUACGCCAAUUUCGAUGGAAGUUUCCAGCAGCGUCGAGUGUGCUGAGGGAAUGAUCGUCCCUCAAGUUCAAAGUCCGGUGACGUCAAGACAACACAUCGAAACUACCCUCCGAUCGCAAGUAAGCUCAUCGUCGCUGACUAGAUGCUAUUCCUCUAUCGGAAUCAACUCCUACGGGGCAAUGAAUGCCGGAAGGGCUCCAUUGAAUAAAACUGCUCCGCCUUCGAUUGUCGACUUUCCUUUUGUACUUAGUCGCAAUCCUCUACCAGAGAAACAUAGUGAAAUAAAUCAAAUAAUUACGAGUAGGCCAUCGGGAUGUGAUAAUGCGAUCGCGUCUUCGAUUAGUAAAGGGCCAAUGUUACACGAUAGAUUAACAGAGGGAAGUGUACCAGAAGUUCUUCCUUUACACUAUGGGUCCAGUCAUAUACCUACGCCCAUUUGUAAUCCUAUGUUCCCAACUUCCGAUCCAAGUCUUGGUCAAAAUCAUAAGAUAAAUAAUUUGAUGCAAAACUUCCACAACAUCGUCGCCACUAAUCCACCAAUGUCAUUUCACAAUGAGGGCCCGGGUAGCCUGACAAACGGGUAUCCAGUAGGUUCACAAAACCUUGCUCCUUCAGUAACGAUGGGAAUUUCUCGUUCAAUGUUAAGUUUCGGAUGUCAACCUACAUGGAGCAACGCGAAUAUUAUCAGUACGAGCGUAGCUGGAACGAAGGGUGAAAUAGAGUCGGUCCCCGUAAAUCAAAUUCCGGUUUUAUCGCAAAGAAGGUUGAUCCUUAACGUCGGUGAAGUUCCAGGGACAUCCAAUGUAUCGAUACCGACUACAUCUAACGUAAUUUUUCUUCAAUUUGGGACUCAUCAACAACCCGCUACACCAGUUCGAAAUGGGCCAUCUGUUGAACAGAUGGCGGCGAGACAAGUGAUGCCACGGGACUUUCCAAACUUUGCUGGUGAUCCGCAGGACUGGCCGUUGUUUUACAGCUCGUAUUGCAACUCCACAGAAGCGUGUGGAUAUACGGAUUCGGAAAACUUGGCAAGAUUGCAGCGCUGUUUAAAGGGUAGUGCUUUAGAAGCAGUUCGGAGCCGUUUGCUGAUGCCACAGUCAGUGCCAUACGUUAUCGAUGUUGUAUGGUCGACCAGAAAUCCUGAUUUAUUAUCUCCUUCAAAAGCUGCGGACAGCACCUUCUCCAAAAAUAGAUAAUUUACAGACGCAGAUUAGCUUCUGUCUCGCGGUACAAAACGUCGUAGAUCACAUGUCUAUCGCCAAUCUUACUGAUCAUCUGAGGAAUCCGACGCUGCUUCACGAGCUAGUAGAGAAACUGCCACCUCAAAUCAAGAUGCAGUGGUCCUACUACAAGAACAAAUUUGCUAGUGUCAACCUAGCGACCUUUAGCGCUUUCAUGUCCGAACUGGUGAUGAUGGCUUCGGAUGUUACGCUUCCAAUGGACGCUCUCACUCUAAACUCGAAAGCUGGUAAACCGAAUAGAGAAAAGUCGAUGUUGUACACACAUACUGAGGACCUGUGGGAGAACCAAUCCGAGGUUACAGUGGAAAUUCAGACGCCAGUGGAACAGGCGAAGAAGACAUGCGUGUAUUGUGGUAAACAACAUCACGAGAUCGCUCAAAGCGCUCGAUGUCGAUGGUAGGUGGAAGGUAGUGAAGGAGAGAAACCUGUGCAGGAGUUGCCUCGUACCCCACCGGAAAUGGCCAUGUCGUACCAAAGAGUUUCAGUUUGAGUUGGACAGGCAAUAUAUCGAGAGAAGAAAAGGAAUCCCAACGAAUCAGCGUUAUAAUCAGCGGUGACGACAAGAAGUUCGAACUCCAUAACGUGAGAACUGUUCAGCAGCUCCAGUUACCCGCGCAGACGAUGUGCUACGAAGCUCUAGUUCAUACCUAUCACCACCUGAAGGGCCUUCCUGUUCGCAGUUACACGGAUGCAAUCUUAUUUCGAUAUCUACCAGUAACGAUACAUGGAAAUGGCAAGCACAUCAGAACCUAUGCGUUUCUGGAUGACGGAUCAAAUUCUACUCUUUUGGAGAGCAAUAUUGCCUCCGCUCUAGGCUUCAAGGGACCCACCGAUGGUUUCAGUUUAAGUUGGACAGGAAAUAUAUCGCGAGAAGAAAAAGAAUCCCAACGAAUCAGCGUUAUAAUCAGCGGUGACGACAAGAAGCUCGAACUCCAUAACGUGAGAACUGUUCAGCAGCUCCAGUUACCCGCGCAGACGAUGCGCUACGAAGCUCUAGUUCAUACCUAUCACAACCUGAAGGGCCUUCCUGUUCGCAGUUACACGGAUGCAAUCCCGGGAAUCAUCAUCGGUAUAGAGCAUAUCCGACUACUAACUGCGUUGGAAACACGAGAAGGAAGAGAUAAUGAGCCGGUAGCAACAAAAACGUGUCUUGGAUGGUGCAUCUUAGGGAAAAACUCCGACAGUGGAGCUACGACGGAGCAGCUGAAUCUACAUUUAGCUAGCGAAUUGAAAGUCUGUGGAACGCAUCAGUGGGUGACGGAAGAACGGAAUGUAACAGUGAAACCAGAACCAGAAGGAGACAAACGGACAAUUUAUAGUGGUAACGGCACGCAAUUCAUGGGUGAUAGUAACCCAGGAGGCUACAGAAGAGGUGAGAUCCAGGAUAUCUAUGAGGACCGUGCGGUCAUGCCCCCGAACGAUAACACAAACUGGCCUUUCAAUCCACCGUUAACAGCUCUUGUGGGUGGUUCAAAGACAGUUAUGUCAGCGAUUGUGGAUCACCUACAUCAUCCGAACGACGAUGUUCUGGAGACGGUAGUGCUGGAGGCUGAGGCCAUCGGCAACUCCAGGCCGCUCACAUACAUCCCUUUAAAGUCGAUGGAGCAGAAUUUACGCACACUGAAUGAUUCCGAUACCAAGGGCCAGAGAUGUCGACACGGUUGGAAGGAGGGACCCUGCGUGACAGAUUGCGUCUGUCAGUGCUUGGCGGAUCAAUCUGGAGUAUGGUGACGGUCCGGAACUACACGGGCAGGGGUAUGUUACGAAACCACAGGGCAGUUUCGUGCAGUAGUUGAGUGAGUUCAGCCCGUCCGUAGCUGCCAACGUGACGACGACUAAUAAACGACGAGAAACGUCAGGAAGUGGAACACGAUGCAAACUGUCAAAAAACAUAAACAAAACGUGUACGACAAAAGAGUGGCGAGUUGUUGCGGAAACUAUUACAAAUUCUCACAAUAUUU